GAACAAUAAAGCAAAUUCAAAUUGCAAGAUUUUGUUUGUCUGAUUGUCUGUGAAGUGUUAUAUAACAAAACCUCCGGACGUCGUCAAAAUGAGCAAUAAAUAAACUUGGCCUUUAUCUAUUUAAAUUUAAAAAAUGUAAACUUAAAUAGUUAUUAUAGUUUUUUGUUUCCCAGUGCAAUGUUGUUCUGUAAUAAAAAGUUGUAGAGCAUUAGUGAUAAAAGUUAACCUAAAAUAAUCUAAAAAGUGAAAAUGUCAGACCCAGCUCUUCAAACGUUUUGUUGCUACCCGCCUGGUGAGGGGAGUGUUCCACCGGCAGUAUGGGUGCUGACAGAGAUCAACUCCAAGACCUACAACUAUGUCUGUCUUGUGUCAUCUUUCAUCGGUAUUUUGGGUGCAGGAUAUCAGAUGCUACCCCGAACAGAGACACCCCUCGCCCACCGUUGGUACACCAUGACUUCCUCUAGAGGCCGUCACAUCAUCCAAUGGCUUGCUUUCGCUGAUCUUCUGGCCACGUUAGGUGUGUUUCUGCGGUCUCUUUUAAAAUUGAAUAACUUCCUCUACCCAUUAGAAGACACCUCCAUCACGUACUGUGCAAUUUUCGCUGCCUGGAUCCAGUAUUUCUACUGUGUGACAUGGAUGUGGACUCUGUGCUACGCGGUGGACAUGUUCCUGGCAUUGCGUGAGAGGCCAGGACACCCUCUGCUGUACCACAUGUUCUGCUGGCUGAUACCUUCAGUCCUUACAGCUGUCGGGUUGGCCAUCCUGUACCUGCCCAAUGCCGACUGCCACAACCUAGGCCCUGACGAGAGUGCUUUCCUGAGGAUCCUGCCUAACUAUCUACUCACAUACUUGCCCAUGGUGACGGUCAUGGUGGCCAACCCCAUACUGUACCUGUGUUCUCUACGAUCGGUGACAGACUUAAUAACCCAGAGUUUGGCCCAGUACACUCGUAAGGAGAGGGCUAUCAUUGAUGCAGUCAAGGUCAAGUUUGGACUGAUAUUGCUGGCAUUCUACAUCUGUUGGCUGCCCAACCUCAUCAACAGUCUGUUCCUGUGGUUCGAGUGGUUCAACCUACCAGCACAGACUGUCUAUGUCCUGCUCUACAUUAUGGCCGUUGUGAAUCCCCUGCAAGCCUUUUUCAACAGUCUGGUUUACCGACGGUCCAGCGAACGGCUGGUUUCUCCAUUCCACCGCAAGGCGAACCAGGAGGCGAGUGAGACGACACCGCUCGUGGCAAGCGACAUCAACGGCACUUCUCUGGUCUCGUGAGACUCCUCACUUUUAAUUCGCUGUAGUGGUAUUCUCGCUUUUAACUACCAACUGGAGUGCAGAGACACUAAUUGGUUCCAUAUAACGGCAGUUUUACAUAAACUGUUUUAUUAAUUUGUAAAAACACAUUCCAUUGUACCUCAUAGAGGUCAUAUACAAUACGAAAAUGAGAGAUUUUCUCCUUAAAUAUAAAAUAGUUUAUUUACUUUCAGAGAAAUACAGUGGCUUACUUUAUAAAAAUUGCAAGGUAGCGUCAGUUUUAAAUUGUCCAUACUUUGUAAAAGUUUUAUAUUUAGUAUUUUGCUAGGGGUUGCUCAGCUGAAGAGAGCAAAACAACAGUUCAUAAUACCCAACAAUAUAAAAUUGCAAUUUUGUCAAUAUCAAUUAUAACCAAGAUGUGAUUUCCGCUUCCAAUCAUUUGUUGCUUUAUAAGGUAAAAUGUUUUUAUUAUCUAAUCUAACACUUGUAAAAGAGGUGAAAAAACGUGAAUUAUCUUUUAUCCUGUUAAAAUGGAUUAGGUCUGUUUGUUUAUUGAGAACAAUUCAGAUUUGAAUACUACUUGUGAAAUCAUUUUUAGGUAAUCAGAUAGAUUUUAUUCAAUCAUGUUCAUUUGAAAGUGGUGCAAAUUUCAGAGUGUUGGAUAGAUAAGAAUAUAGAGCAGAGAAGCUCAAAUCAGGUAUGAUCUUAGUCAAUUAGAUCGGGGAAAAAAAGGAAAUCUAUCUAUUAAUCGGUAGCUGUACAUUUUGUCAGUCACAGACAAUGAAAAAUUACUAUUAAUCCAGAACUACAGAAAACAUCUCCUACAUUAAUAUUGCUAGUAUUUAAUGUAAUAUUUAAUAUUAAUUAUAGUAUGUAAUACCUAAAUUUAUAUUGUUUUUAAAAGAUCUCUUCCUGCACCUCACUUUCUAAAUAUAUUUUAUCCAACUCUGUCGUAUAUUUUUAGUUUUUUUUGUUUUAAUAAAAAGGGGUCCAUCACUGUGAUUGGAAUUUUUUUAUAAUUUUUUAUGCAUUGGUUAUUGUACUAUGAGAUUUUUAUUUAUGUUAAAUGGUUGUUUUAUACUCAAAGUAAAAUGAACAAUAUUUUAUUGUUAGCUUGUAGUUUAUACACUAGUCUAUUUUAGUUGUAAAAGAAAUGUGUACCUUUCUUAUUUUAUAAACUUGUUAAAACUUAUUACUAAAAUAAUGUUUUUUAUAAUACAUAUAAACUUUACUGUUAUGGUUGUGUACAACUUUGUGAGCAUCGUGUUUUUGUGGAUUUAAUAUUUGAGGUUGCUCUAUUGUAACCUCUGUUGAGUAUAAUACAAAGUUAUUAUAUAAAGUAUGAUUUAAAAUGUAGAUUUAUAUUUAACUUUGCAAUAUAAUAACCUUUCUAAUUCUAACAUAUAAUUUUUAAGUUAUUUUGGUUAUUUAAAAAAUUAAUUAAUUCGCAUAGUUAAAAAACUUUGUAUUACUUUUUUUGGAAUAUAGAACAGAAUAUUUAUCUUUAUAAAAAUUAUUCUAAUUAUGUUAUAGACAGUAAAAUUUAAUAGUUUGUAAAUGCCUAGAUAUUUUUAGACAAUGUUAUAAAAUUCUCUUUAUUGAAUAAAAUUCAUGCUGAUGAAUAAAUGUUGCAACAUCAAAAUUGUCAAUUUAAUGGGUAAACAGGUGUUCAAAAGCCAUUUAAUCCUUUCGAUGUCAUCCAUGUAUCCAAAGGACUACCAUUUUUUAUUAAAAAGGAAUAUGAUUGUAAGACAAAUAUAUUAAAAAUGGAUUAUUCUUUCCAAAAAAAUAUGUUAUACAUGUCGUUUGUAAGGCUAUGCAUUCCAGGUCAGGCUUAGCUCUGGCUGUAUAUUUUUCAACAGUUUCAUCGUUUCCGUCUUUUUGGUUUGAUUUUUAAUUAAUUUUUCUACACUGUACUUGUAAAAUGCUUCGGUUUUUUUCUACUAACUAUUUUACUUAAGUGCAGAUUAUUCAUCAAACUGUUAAUUGUAAUAAAUGUUAAUACAUUUUAUUCCUGUAUAAUACAAUGUGCAAGAAUGCAUUUUAAAAGUAUUGUUUUAUUUAAUAAUAUUGAUACAUGAGUGAGAAAUUUAGGGUGACUGGGAUAUUGAAAAUUAAAAAUAAAAUUAUGAAAACGACAUUGCACCUCAAUAUAUAAAAUUUAUUUUACGUACUGUAUGUGUGUGGUUUUAGUAGUAUUUUGAUUUAUCCAGCUUAAAAGAUGAAAUGUAGAACAUUAGUCGUUCAAUUGUAUAAAGUAAAAUUACUUCUUUUGCAAUUAAAAGGCGUUGGAAAGAUAUUCUCUUUCAUUCCAAAAAUCAAAUAAAACAAUAAUUGGCCAAGUACUUAGUACAUGUUUAUCUGUUACUACAAUACCUUUACCAUGUUACGUACAUUUAUUUUUUGCGUAGUUUACAAAAAACGUAGUUUAAUCUAAUAUAAUCAUGGUAGCCAAUAACUUUUACACCCAUAUUUUUAUAUAUUAGAAUUUUUCAAAGCUCAAUAAAAUUGUAUUUUACAACAAA